CCAACUCCGUCGAUCAAAGAGGGUCCCUGCUCUUUCACACGGCAAUACACUCGUUCGAGACCCUUGCCCCACCACAGACAUUGCUCUCAGAGAGUUCUCCUGUUCAAGGACUUCUUUGAUAACCUGUCUUGGAACUGUUUACAGGACGCGGCGUCCCAGAGAUUGACUGCUGGUUCUUUUCUCAUCUGUACGGUUUACUGAGCACCGGCCAAGAGUUUGGCGAGCUCGUUCAAGAUGGAAAACUACCAAAAGAUUGAGAAGAUUGGCGAAGGAACCUACGGUGUUGUUUACAAAGCUCGUGAUCUGACGCAUCCGAAUCGUAUUGUCGCCCUAAAGAAGAUUCGUCUGGAGGCCGAGGAUGAGGGUGUGCCUAGCACUGCCAUUCGCGAGAUCUCGCUGCUUAAGGAGAUGCAAGACCCCAACAUUGUCAGCUUGUUGAAUAUUGUUCAUGCGGACGGCCACAAGCUUUACCUGGUUUUCGAGUUUCUCGACCUCGAUUUGAAGAAAUACAUGGAAGCUCUUCCGGUUGAGCAAGGUGGUCGUGGAAAGCCCUUGCCCAAUGGCUCCGGCGUUGAACUUGGGCGACUCGGCCUUGGCGAUGCGAUGGUCAAGAAAUUUAUGAGCCAAUUGGUCCAGGGUGUUCGUUACUGCCACAGCCACCGCAUUCUACACCGUGACCUCAAGCCACAGAACCUCCUGAUCGACCGCGACGGUAACUUGAAAUUGGCGGAUUUCGGUCUUGCUCGGGCCUUUGGUGUUCCUUUGCGAACCUACACACACGAGGUCGUGACCCUGUGGUAUCGAGCUCCGGAAAUUCUCCUUGGUGGUCGCCAAUACUCCACUGGUGUCGACAUGUGGUCGGUUGGCUGCAUUUUCGCAGAGAUGUGCACCCGCAAGCCUCUCUUCCCUGGUGACUCCGAGAUUGACGAGAUUUUCAAGAUUUUUAGAGGACUUGGCACCCCGGAUGAGAACAUUUGGCCCGGCGUCACUUCGUUCCCUGACUUCAAGCAGUCUUUUCCAAAGUGGAGUAGAGAUUAUAACCGCCCCCUCGUCUCCGGUCUCGAUGAGGACGGACUCAAUCUUCUCGACCUUAUGCUCGUCUAUGACCCUGCCAUGAGAAUUUCCGCCAAGCAAGCGUGUGAGCACCCAUAUUUCCGCGAGGGCUCAACGACGUACAGUGGACACGCCCCGCGUAACGGCUUCCGCUAGUGGCUGGACUGUCUAUCAUUGGACGAGAUUCAGAGGAAGAACGGGCUGAGCACAUGAAGAAACACUGCGGGCAGUGAUGCCGCAUAAGUUCCACCCUUUGCAUCUUUCCUUUGUGACACUCUGCAGCGAGAGGCAAACAAAAUUUCCCUUUGUGCAGUCCUUCUUUGCAUUCAUGCAUGACUACCAUGAUUUCAUUCUUGUAUUUUAGGGUCACUAAUUUCAUUUGGGCUACGAACAACCGAUAUGAAGAGUGCGUAUUUGAUGGGUUCUCUGAAAGCUUUCCAGUAUCGGUUCAACUGGGGGCAUACAUUACAGUACACGUUUUUUUAUCAAUUUACUGUGC